UUCCUCUUUUUGGUUUAACCUUCUUUUGAUUCUUUCUAUAUAUACAAAUACAAAACCACCUCUUCCUCUUAACAAACCUCUCUACGUUUCUCUCUCUCUUCUCUCUAAUUGUUGCAAUGAUGCAAGAAUUAGGCUUAGAACGUUUCUCCAACGACGUCGUUUCCUUAGACCUCACUCCUCCUUCCCAAACCUCGUCUACUUCUCUCUCCAUCGACGAAGAGGAAUCACCUGAGGCCAAGAUCCGACGGCUGAUAUCUGAGCAUCCCGUGAUUAUUUUCAGCAAAUCUUCUUGUUGCAUGUGCCACGUCAUGAAAAGACUCUUGUCAACAAUUGGUGUCAUCCCCACCGUCAUCGAGCUCGAUGAUCACGAGGUUUCCUCUCUCCCCUUGGCUCUUGGAGAAGAAUAUUCCGGCGGUGGCUCCCUCGUUGUUCCUCUUCCGGCGGUUUUCAUUGGCCGUGAGUGUGUAGGAGGUCUUGAGUCCCUCGUGGCAAUCCAUCUAAGUGGUCACCUUGUCCCUAAGCUUGUCCAGGUUGGAGCUCUUUGGGUAUGAUAUUGUAAUUUACUUCCUUGAGUUUCAAUAGUAUUUUGCAGUAUCAAAAGCAUAAAUUAGGGUUUCUCUUUUCUGAUUAUUAGCUGAUGAUCAUAACUAAAUACCCAUGUACUAUGAAUAAUAACUAAAGAUGUGUAAGUAGUAAAUUUUAUAUAAUUUGCUUCCUCUC